AAAUUUUAGGCAUGGCAUUUACUGGCUUUUUAUUAUUUUUAUUGUAAACUGCUAUUGCUUAAAAUUCAUUAAGGGAUCACUACGUGAGCAAGAAAAGCUUCUGCUUUCUUCAAAGACGCUUUACGUUGGUAAUCUUUCUUACUACACUACUGAAGAGCAGACAUAUGAGUUGUUCAGUCGCGCUGGCGAUAUUAAAAGAAUUAUCAUGGGUAUUGACCGCUUUAAAAAGACGCCAUGUGGAUUUUGUUUUGUUGAAUAUUAUCAGCGCGAAGAUGCAGAAGACGCAAUGAGAUGUAUAAAUGGCACGCGAUUAGAUGAUCGAAUAAUUCGAACUGAUUGGGAUGCAGGAUUUGUGGAAGGUAGGCAGUAUGGACGUGGAAAACAUGGAGGACAGGUUAGGGAUGAAUACCGCAAAGAUUAUGAUCCUGGUAGGGGAGGAUGGAACAGAGUCAUUGCUACGAAAAGAGAUUCAGGUCAACACUGA